UGUGUGGAUGAACUCGAAGCAAGGAAACGCCGAUCUACCGAGGGAAUGCUUGAACUUCGGCCUCCGGUGGGUUCUUUACUGCGGUGUUAUCAAUUUUAUGUUUCGGCGACUGGCGCUGAUGCAGUUGCCGAUUGGCGGUCGUCGUGCCCGCAUCGUCUAGAUCCGGCAAAACACUCAAUACCAAAUUGCACACACAUCUGUUUGACCGUGAUAAUUUUCCUCGAUAUAGGACAACAAGCCAAAGGUGGUGUUAUUCAGUGCAAAGACCUCUUAAAAAAUAUUAUCAUUAUUUGUUUUAAUAGAUUCACUCUUCGCGGAAGAAGAGAUGUGAAAUUAUGUAACGGCUAGUAGUGGAGAAAACAGGCUGACCAGCAAUACAAUUGAUGCAAUGAAUACUAUGCAAUAGUAGAUUUGUGCACGGUGAAAGUGAUUGAUUUUUCUUGAUACUACUGGAUCGGUAUGUGCAGUUUAGUGAAAGUGAAUAAAAAAAGACGAAUUAUUUUAGUUUCGAAGGUUAGCUACGAUGCGCUCCCAGCAAGAGUACCUAUUAUGUUGGAUUACUUGCAGGUAAAGUGAAAUACGACCUAACAUAACGUGGGAUUAAAGUGUAGUUUCAAGAUGGAAAUAUUCAUUACCUUCAGGAGGAAACUAAUUUUCAACAUGGGAUAAAAUGAUGCACAUUCGUGUACGAAAGUAACCAUCUUGGUUACUAGCAACACGAGACGCCAAAGGCUAUUCCUCUGCUCCAUAUCUAAAGUGGCUGACAAGCUGCCAGUGAAUUAAGUGUAGCUCUUCGUAUUUCAUUUCGCAUCGUCUGUGUUUGUUCGUUCGCGUAUUUUUCGUUUAGUCGCUCGGAUAAAGGAAACACACAAUCACAUUCAAUGUAGUAAUUGUAGACCAUAUAAAAAUGUAUGUACGAAAAAGUGCGGUUGCGUGUGCCAAAAACUAAGAACACAUUUGACAAAAGAAAACUGUGCACUGCGAACAAAGAACGGUUACUGCAGCAAACAAAAAACAUUAGAAACUUGCAGAGCAUUUCUAGUCUACCGAAUACAGUGACACUUAGGCCAAUACUAACCAAUUACAUUUAGCAGUGACAUCACAAAACGUGCCACGAGCUCCAAGUGUCCGCUACUCUAAGUGAUAGUUCGAAAAAUAAGACAUUCAUUUUAACACAAAAGCCACCAUUCCAGAUAAAACAAAAAGAUUUAUCUGCUGUGUAUGAGUCUACUGGGAAACGAAAGAUGUUUGGUUCCAAAUUACGAUCAUGGAUGGAAAAUCAUAUUGUGCGACCGAGAAAAAAGGGAAACAAAAAUAAAUCCGGAAACAACGGCAAUAACUUCAGUGUCUUGACGACACAAAAUGGAUACAAAAGCAGUACCUUUGGUACAGAUUCCAACAUCGGCAGUCCUGCUAGACGCAGUGAAGUUUCCCCUAUCCAAAGUCAUACAACCAGUCGCCGUGGUUGGCAUUCGCCAAAUCAGGAUAAUGUGCCGAUUUCUCCGAAAUCUGAUCACUAUCCCGUACAUCACCGAAUUCACAAUAAACAAGCGCAUGAUGGAGGUGCCGAGCUCUUUACGCCCGGAUAUGGUGCCGUGAAUGGCCAAUCUGGGGCAGCGUCAUUUCACAAUCAACAACAGCAUCACCAGCAAUACAAUUGCGGUGUCUCAUCGCCAAAAAGCAUUUCGCGCAACGGCUCAUCUUACACACUAGAAACGGGCCCAUCGAACGUUUACUACUCGAAGAGCGUCGAUUCGUAUGCAGCAGACUGUGCGCUCCCCUAUACCAUGCCCGAGUUUGAAUUCCACGCCGGUAACACCGGCCCCUCUAGGGGUAUUAUGACCGGUACGGGGUCAGUUUCCACCGGGCACAAUGGACACCUGAUGUCACACACGUCCAAUGGUACACGAGGCAACUACUCGGCUGUCACAAGCUCAAGCAAUGAAUUGCUAGAAGAGCUGCACUCUUUCGAAAGUACCCGAAACAAGCGACAGCAUCCAACCUCAACACGCAUCAGUUCGUCUUCCUCCUCGUCUGUUAACUCUAUUCAUUAUAGCGUCAACAACAACAAUAACAACAAUAACCAUCUGGGCACUGGAACGCUUCCUUCUCAUUAUGGUAGUUUGAAUGGACAGCAACUACAACCAACAGCCAGGGCCACCAUUCAAACGGCUGCAUCGGGUGGAAACAGCGAAAAUAAGUAUGGUAAACUCCUGCAGCAACAAAAUCCACCCUCGAAGCAAUUCGAUCCUUACUAUGAACAACAUCAACAACAGCACAAUAACAACAACUUAGUGUACUCCUCCAACAAUCAGCCAACAAAUUCGACUAAUGGUAACCGUGCACCAACCAACAGCAAAAAUGCUUCCCCACUUCCAGCGCGAGGCACUUCAACCAGUACCUCACCUGUCCAACGUUCAGCUGCAUCUAGCGCCAGGAGUAAUCGUAUUGUCAAUGGCAAUAAUAAUAACAAUAACAAUAGCUUCCCCGUCGACGCGUCGACUUCCGGAGGUGGUAAAUCGAUCCUCGGUGGAAGCGCAUUGACGUCCAGCUUUGCCAACAAGUUCCACAAACUGACAGGAAGCCGCUCGACCAGCGGAUCGAACGCACCCGAUAGUGGCACCAUCAACGUUAGCAACAGUAAAUUGAAUCAUGUAAAUAACAAUAAUACCAACGCAGCCACCAAUACAACCGGCUGCUCCGCUAGCACGGUUCCGUACCAUCACCCGCACCAGUACCAAAUCAAUAGCGUCACGACACAUCUGCAUCCACCGCUGCAACCACUUCCGCCGGGAAAGCAGCCAUUGUCAUCGUCGUCAUCGUCAUCUUCACCACCACCAGCAUCGCAAGCUGGCGCCCAUGGACCAACACCUUCACCGAGCGUACACCAUCUGCAUCAUCCAUCAACACACGGCCACCACCAUCACCAUUCGCAUGGCCCGAUGGGUCAUACGCUUUCAUCGCCGGAAAGUGCUUACUCGACCGGAUAUUCCACCGAUGGCACGUCACCGGGUGGCUGCUCUUACACGCCCGAAUACUACAUCAACAUCCGUACGGGGACGCACUACUUCCCCAAGGGCACUACGUUACCGGGAGCACUGCAUGGGCGUACCUCGGCUGGGUUUGAUCGCACUGGACCCGUGGUGUCUGCUAGUGCAGCUGCUCCAGGCCAUCAUGAGAACGGUUCCAAAUUCAAAUGUGCCCUUAAUCGCAUCGAGGAAAAACACGUGGAGUUUUAUGUCGACGCGGAAUCGCACGUUUCCGUACCACGAGCUCCAGUUCCGAAUGCACCCAAUAUGUCUAGCUUCAAGCCCACGCUCGGUGCAGCAAGCGGAAAUGGCACGGGCGUUUUAUCUCAACUUCAGCAACCGUCAGCGACAGUCCAACCGCAGUCAAACCAGCCUCCGAAUGCAGUUGCGAUGAGUCCCAUUAUGCAGAAGAACCUCGGCAUGCAGCAUUACCGUAGCAUUGAAUCACCAUCACCACGCCAACGGUGCCGAAUUAGAACGAACCCUUGGUUGACGACAGCCGAUGGAGCUCUUGCUAGUGCAAACUGCGUCAAGCGAACGGAACCGGAUUCUGGAUCUACCUCCUCCGGCAUCAAAUCAAGCAGUGGUACAGAUGACAAUAAAAAUAAUAAUAACAAAUCAAACGCACUUUCUGACACAGAUUCAAGCUCGUCUACGGAGAAGAUCGUUAACAGAAAGCCAUUUACGCCGAAAACUCUCAAAAAGAUGGCAGACUUCUCUCGCCUAGAUAGUAAGUCAGCACCGGUAACGAUUGGCUCUAACCAGGACAGUGACGAAGAUGCUACCCUUAACGAAAUGAUGGGCAAGUUUGACGAAAGUUACCACUAUGAAAAGGAGACUGACAUUUUGAGUUGUAGCGACUCCGAUCCGACGGACUGUCCGACAGACAUUGAUACCGGUCAGGAUGCGGGCGACGAGUGUGAUACGGAUGAUCUUCUCGAUCUCGACUUUAUCGAUACGGGCUCGGUGCAGGAGGUACCGGACAAGGAAACCUAUCGACACACGACCAGCUGCUCGAUCCAUCACUUCCCUGAACGAAAGGCGUCCUGUAAGCAGCAACGCAUCCAGCGCAGUAAACGUAGUAACGAAAGUGGCGGUGGCUCCAAACGUCGAAAGAAGCUGGUACGUACGAGGAAGAAAAGUGUGGCUGAUCACUCCGCCCUGAGUGUCGGGUCGGGUGCAGGAGACUCAUCGGCCGUUGUAAGCCGUGGUUGUCGCAGUUUAGGCGGUACUCCUGUGUCGUUGAGGCGAAACCAGCAGGACCAAGAAUUGCGUACACCCACCAGGGGCUCUCCACUCACCAACCGAUGUAACUCGCUCACCUUCACCGAAGUACAUUCGCUGCACAGCCGAAUAUUGGCAAUUUCCGAGAGUGAAAAGGCGCUGCUUCGGGCAGACCUGGAGGCGGAUGUUAAGUACAAACAAUUGAUUCACGAAGCAGAAUCCAUCCUGUUUUCCAUGAAGAGCAAUAGUUCCAUUUGCAUCAAGGACCUAGCCACAGUGCCGCCACCGUUGCCUCCGCGCGAGCCACAGCCUCCACCAACGCCGUCGCUCUCGAAAGAUACGCCCGUUACCUCAACCACUAUUUCCAGCCCGCGUCGCGUUUGUAACCCCCCGGCCAACAAGCGCGUCGAAAUGCUGCGCAACUGCGAGGCUGACUUAAAACGAGAGCUGGCCAAAACUUGCUCACAAAAGUGUACCGAUGGGGUGGGCAAUCCUGCCGAAUUAAACCCCGCCGAAGGAGUUAUCGUAAACAAACGCUUGGAGGUGUUGCGCUAUGAAACUUCCUGCUCACUGUCGGCUCCGAACAGCCCCAAAAAUACGCGUGUUCUGUUGCCUCGCAAAACACAUGUCUCUAACUUCAUCCACCAUCAAGCUAGACCGCCUUGCUCACCGGAGGCUCUGGCAAACGAUCUUAAACAAAGUGCCAAUCUUUCCCCGCCUCCGCCACCUCCGCGGCGAAUGAUACCGAAAUCACCGACCAUCAUGCGAAGACGGUUCCGCAGCCAAAGCCCACAUCUGAAUAUCGAAUCAGAUUCUGAUUCAGACGAAGUCAGUCGAAAUCUGGACUGCAAAGCUCAUGGUAAAUCAUAUCGCACUGGUACAUCCAAUAACAACAACAAGGAAAACUUAGUCAUCAAUCCUCAGCCAGCGACAUUUCAGCAACCAACGGUCAAACCCGUCGUUGGAAAGCAGAUGAAUAACUUUCGCCACACGAUACACGGUCCUGCCUUCACAAACGGUGAGGAUGGGCAAAAUGGUUAUGAUUACCCGGAUGACACCAAUGCUUUCAGCAACCAUGCAUCGAGUGCCGUGGGAAUGCACAAAUCGCCGCUUAUUUCGUUCCGCUCAGUGGACAUAGGCUCCCCAGUUACCGAUGACAGCUAUUGUCCUCAAAGUGAGCCACUCAAACGGAAGAUAUACACCUGCAGUGCAGCGUUCGAAAAAAUACAGCGAAGCCUUCAUCAUGAUACAGAUGCAAAACAACAACUUCUCAUCGAUGCAUUAGCUGAAAUAAAACGCAGCCUCGAAGACCAAAGUGUGGAGUUGCACGAGCUUAACAAAUCCGAAAAAUAAAACAACUAUAAGCGACAUCUAGUGGUCAGUCACUGUAGCUCUACGCUCCGUUUUACUGCGCCAUCUAGCGAGCGUUAUGUUGUAUGAACUGUGUCUUCGCUAAACUGCUCGAAUUAAUACAAAAUAUACAAACAAUCGAGCAAAGUUCCGGUAUGAGCGGCUCAAUGUCGUUUUUAUUAAUUCUUUAAUAACUUCGUUAGUAAGUAGAAAAUUUUGGAAUGUUUUGUAGUGAAACCCUAAAUUGGCGAAAUUUCGUUUCUAUUAGAUCAUAGCAAAAAUUUACCAUACUAAAACUUCAAAAGACAAUUCUACUUUAGAAUUACGAUAUCCAUCCAUCCAUCCAUUAGGUUGUAGCAGUGUUGUUUCAAUGCGCUAAUAAGGCAACCAACUCUACGCAGGAAACGUAAUCUCGACCUCUAGAUAUUAUCCUUAGGAUAAAAAGCCACCCUUAUUCGACAUUACCUUAGUAAUUACCAACUACUAGUUAUCUUACCUUACUACAUUACAUUUCAAUGGUAUCCUCGAAAAUGACGAUGCGAUAUUAGUUUAUAGAAAACUAGCAUUUAUUAUUAUCAAUGCAAUUAACACAGUUAUACAGUUAGAGUCCAAGCGGAGUAAGUUAUUUUUCAUUGCUGUGGGUUUUGUUGUUAAGAUUAGAAUAGUACAUCAAACUACAAUAACAUUCCUGAGUGCUUUUGUUAUGUAAAAGUAACUUUUUUAUUGAUUCAUCUGUAAGUAAACAGUAGUGUUGAAAAGUCAUUCAAAUGGAUUUGUUUUUAGAAUUCUUUUUUUUUAUUAUCUGACUAUUAUAUUAUUUUUACAUAUUUUCGAUACAAUCCGACCAAUAGUGAAUAUCUAGUUUUGUGAAUUUAGAUUUUAUUAGCAUUUUUUAGAUAACAAGUCAAUGCUCAUAUAGCUCAAUCAACCAAAUGAUUCUAGGUUCCAUUUUUUUACCUAUUCUAUAUUUAAUCUAACACAAAGGGACUCCAAACUAUGGCGCGAGACCCAAAAGCAGUCCUUUAGUUUGAGGCAACGCGGUCUGCGCUGUGAGGAAUUUGGAGACGCCUGAUCGAAGAAACAUGCAUUAUUUGUUAAUACUUAGAAUUGUUUAGUACCAAGACAUUUUAUAAAUAAUCUUCCUUUAACCAAUGCCCUUUUCCUUCUGUUUUUUUUAAAUAUUUCUUCGAUUAGAUAAAACUCUUUUAGAGUUUUAAUUAAAGUAAUUGUAACACACAUUUUGUCUGCAUUCAAAAUAACUUUACAAGUAACGUUGCCUUGUAAUCCAGACUUGUGCAUUAGCUGCAAUAACUUUGCAAAAUUGUUCUUUGUUUAAAAUUUAUUCUAACAACUUUUCUGAUACCAUUAGCAAUUAUUCCACAAUAACUGCAACCCCAAUUUGAAGGACCAAGCAAUGCGAGCUUAUGUGCUUAUUUGCAUAACCGGAAAUGCCUUUCCAUUACGCUGCUAGUAAUAUCUAAAAUCACAAAACUAUUUAUUGCUAUACAAGUCAAGCAAACAGUGCAAGAUUUGAUUAAUAAAAGACAUCGGACGUUCUUUACAUAGUUGUAUAAGUUUGUAUCAUACAACAUAAUGCCAUGGCAUACAAAUAAUAACUAUAGAUUUCGUAACACUAUUUAUUACCAAAAAAUGAAAUGGCAUGUGACGAAUCAAUGAUACAUUAUGUGGUGCAUUAGAACACAAAACUAGGGACAACCAGGGCAUACGCAAUUAAGCGCAUUUAUUCGUACUAAUUAAUUAUACACUCGAGAACAAGCGUAUUGUUAUUACAUUAAUUGUGUAAAAUAAGCAAAAUAAAACACACACACAACAACCAAUCGAAAACGCCAGUGCUUUUCCAGGACUUCCGUUACAGUCGUAACAAGUUAGCAACAUUGAAGUGCGAUACUAAAACCGAAACAAAAAACAAAUGAUGUCAUCAAGCAAACGCUGCAAAAUGAUUGCUUUCCAAUGAGGGGCUGCGAAUCCUUACCAAAACUAAUUAAAUCCUGAUACAAAAGCAUAGUGUAAUAUGUUACUCAUCCCCAAUAACAAAAAAUAAAUGGGGCAAUAAGGAAACAAUUCACACAGACAAAGAAACCCCUAAAACCGAAACAAUGAAACCUUAAAACCUAACGUACAUCCUUUACAUUGUAACUGUACUCAUUUCAUGAUCGUAUACAAUGGCGUUCGUGCGCUACAUUACACUCACAAAUAAAGUCAUCCAAACCAUGUAUUUAAUAAAAAAAAGACUAUUCAACUACCCAAGAAACAUUUAGUGUUACUUGCUGCUGUACUCUGAUUAUGCCACACAUUUUCUUUAUUUCAGUAUUAUAUAUUUGAAAAGCUCAAUAGUAAUCGAUAACCAAGUUUCCAUUCUUCUCUUUUUCUGAUGAAAACUAUUCAUCAUGUUUAAUACAAGAAAAAUUCAAACCUAACAUGAUGGCAAAUUUUCUCAAAAUAAAGCACUAUAAUGAUUACAAAUUUUCCAUAAUUUCGUACAUUUCUCCUCAGAUUUGAUCUUUCAGAUUUUAAAAUCUUGUAUGCCUCGCUUUGGUCGUCUUGAUUUAUUCCAGAAUAAUCUACUACUUCUCAAGAACACAAUACGAUUUUAUAUGUGACAAUCUUAUACCUUCCGACUCAAUGAUGUCACAAACGGAUUUGGUGCUUGAAACCGGAUUUCGCAUAUGAUCACGAGCAGCCCAUGGGCAUUGCCAGUGCAGACAAUUCCUUUUGUAACAGUUUUAUCAGCAGUGUAAAUUCUACUUACAAUAAGCAACUUUGGUAAUAUAAAAAAUAUAUAUGUUUAGUGCUAACAAUUCUAAUAGUAGACGCCUAUUGAGCGUUUCUUGAACUCAGGAUCUCAGGGAAUGAUAAUUUUUGAGCAAAUGUUAAAUAAAUAAAAACCUACGAUCACGACAACAAGGCCUACGUGACGAGCCACUUUUUCUAACACCAUCAUACAGGCAGUUUGUUAAAAUAUUAUCUACAAAAUGCAAAUUGGAUUGUGAUUUUUAUUUGGCUUCCUUUUUCAUUCUGAACCGCCUUUUCUUUAUAUUAAAUUUGAUCUUUUCUGAUGAAAAUUCAUUCAAAUUCAAUUUUAAUUCAAGUUAAAAAUUAACAAAUGUUUUAUCUUUUACUAUGGUUUUAAAACAGGAUUGCUACCCCAACUUCUAUUGUCAACGAUUUAAAUAUUUGCUUGUAGUUUGACUAUUGCUAUUUUGUUUAUUGAAUUCCAUUCGAUUAAAAUAGAUAGUCCUACAGGUGGUCGCAUCUCCGCGCAACUUUUCUCGAAUCUUUAUCAAAGCCGGUUAGACAGUAAAAAUGGUAAACUCAACGAAAAGCUACUAAAACAGGAUUUGGUGAGUUUACAUUCUUGUGCUGUCUAUCUUGUUAUUUAUAGCGACAGUUCAGCAUACACAAAAUGUGCGAUGGAACACGGGGAGUAAAUAAUAAGCUAAUAAUAUGGUUAUAUUUUCCUUCAAAAUUUAAAACAUAAUAUUAAAAACCCAUACAAUUGAUGCUGUUUUUUUUUAAUUUGAUAUUCUGAAGUACCCUUUGUGUCUGGUAAAGUCCAAUUUGUGCUUAUACCUUCCACUUGUAAACAAUAUCAAGUAGGACUUUCCUUCACGGGUGGCAACAGACUAUGAUACGAUUCUCAUCGAACAGCUGAUUCCUGGUGGGAUACGGAUUUUGUUAUUUAUUUGGAAAGCUUACAUUGGUUGCCCUGAACAAAGGGUAGUCUUGCCAGCUCGUGCAGCCUUUCUAUCGGUACAGCCCUCUCUAGUUGCCAACGGUUUAUUGAUAAGAAAAGCGAAUAAGCGGCUCACCCUAAAUCCCCAUGUCCAGCAUGGUAACAGGUGUGAGGCAAUCGCAAAACCCAUAAAGCAACUGCACAGGGAAGAGUAUCUGCAUUCGCCGAUUAUCUCGCCUAACUGUCUACGAUACAAGCACAUCUUUGUACUGGUUUCUUGUCAUGUCAUACUGCCUAAUCCCAAGCAUUUAUUCAUUUUAAAAAUAAUUAUAAAAUUAUGCACGUGGCUUAGAGACCUUGGUUAACAAAAAAACACAAUACUGAACGUUUUGCAUCCCAUAGCAAUAUCGAAUAAACGAAAUCAUACGAAACCAGGUGCAUCAUGAUUGCAUGCAUACACGUUGGAUCCCGAAUGGUGUGUGCCACUUAUCAAUAAUUCUCUCUAAUCACGCAAACAUUUUCCGGACUCGUGCACCAAACACGUUUAUUGUACAAACCUUCAUGAUUGACAUCGGCUGCUGUUUUUGUCCAAUCUAAUGAUUUGUAAUGAUUGGUGUGUAAUCAAAUUACUAAAUGAACUUACAAUAUAUCGAUUCAAUACGGUUGAAUGCGCGCUCUUGGGACACUUAAAACGAUUUUAGAACAAAAUUGCGUAAGCUAUAUCUUAAACUAUUUUUCGUCAACAUUAUUGUGUUGAAAUAGAAAUUGGAAAAUGGAAUAGCAAUUAGGCCACCACAACUUGACCAUACCGUACUCAUGCUACAUUAGGGCUUUACAGAGUAGAUUUACCUGUUCUAUGCGUAUUUACCGACCUGCCGAAGCUGGCUAAAAUGUGUUUCUGAACAUCUCGCAAAGUUUGCCGUUGUAGUGGCUCUCCACCAUUGAUCUUUGAAGUACACGAAUUUUUUUUCUUAGCAUAUUUGCCCCACUCUAUUUCCAUACAGUUGAAAAUGCUAACUUGUAACCCAAAACAGAUAAACCCUAGGCCGAAGUGAAGUCACAGUCAACACGAACAAAAUAACGCACAAUAAACUAUUGACCGGUAGCUUAAAAUUGCAUAUAAACUAUUUUGAAACUAAGCGAUAAUUAAUCUUAAUCCAUCAUAAAAAUAAACCUAAUUAAGGGACAAGCUCUUUUCCAAUUUCAAUAUCUAGUUCAAGAGUGGCUAAGACCUUGCUAGAAACAUUAGCUGAAUGAAUUUAAUUCUCGGUAUUUAAUAUCCAAUCAAUUUGAUAAAGUACUUUGGAACGCCUUUACAACAUCUCGUACUAUACUAAUUUGUAAAAAUGAUAGACAACAAAACUGCUGAAAUGAUCAUUCUGCUCAUUCUGAACAGUUAACAAAGCAUACAUGAUCAUUCUGCUGAUAAAUAGUUCUCGUAGACAACUCAACCACAAGUCUCCGUGAUAUCUACGAAGUAAUCCCGAAACAUGCGACAAACAUCACGUAUACCUUCGAAAGGACCUCGAAUAAUACCUUAAAGGCGUAUGCUUGCUUUCAGGUGCUAUAGUAAACCAUCCGAUCCACCUUGAUCAGAAACUUCAAACAACUCUGAAGAAAACAUGAAACAUAACCUAUACCUAUGUUGAAGGGUGCUGCCGCUGGAAGUCCUUCGGUCAACACCGAAUGUGAGAUUAAAACCGGACCCAGCCCACUAGACCAGUUGCUAAAAGCCCACUAUCGAUACAUGAGAUAUGUGCACUGCACCAUUGAACCAGCCUCCGGUUUUUCAUGCCAGAUUGUAACAGUUUCGAUAAAGCCGUAGUAAUAGUGACGCAUCGAGUGCCCGCUACUAGCCUCAUUCCGAAUUGGAAAAGCGAAUUGUUGUUUUACAACGAAUACAUUCGGCUGGGUCUCAUCAUAGUGUCCCCCGCAGAAGCAUUAGCAAAAAAGUAUUGGGUACAUUAGAAGAUCAUUAAAUUUGAUCAUUCACGCUAGAAACGGCUUUGAUCACGCGACCUUCUCAUCGACCUGACAGCUAAACCUUUCACGCUUGCAAGCAUUCCAAUGGAAGCUAAUUAUCACGAGGCCAACCUGCUAUGCAAGGGAGGGGAAACCAUAGUCUAGAAAUUCGGUGGCCAAAUAACCGUUGCCUCAAACAGACUCUUUACGUCCAACCUUCGAAUCCAAGUUCAUUGUCGAGAUGGUUGAUUGCUUCUCUCUUUGUGUAGUACGAUACAAACGUUCAUGUUGUUACAGCACUCCAAGAACUCGUCCGUACCAUGUGCUACAAUUGAUUCAAGGUGAUAACACUUAUAUUUUACCUGAAAAUCUGUAUUGUAAAAAUCGUUAUAAAAACAGACAGUUGGUACAAAAAUCGAUCUUGCCUCAAUGGACGAUUCAUUCCCGCAGCAGAUUGUCUAGCCUAGUCAAACAACUUCCACCCUCAAUACACAGAUAGGCCCCCCCAUUAGGCUAUCUUGAAUAAACUGACUGCACCAGCCCAUAAAACGACAGAUGACGCACAUCAAUUGAGAGCCUGGGAUGGCAACACUUAAACGCAACUGCGGAUGAUAUUGCCAGUCGCAUGUUCGCUCUCAAUGAAUAAUGCAAAUUAAUCAAUUCUCAAUGUGCGAGAAGAUUCCCGUGCAGGAUCGCCGCUGUCUUUAUCGUUUGGCAGAUGCCAAAACCGGAAAUACAACCAUACAUGGAAUAGUUUCUUUUUCCAAUUUUGACGCUCUCGGUAUGCUCUGUGAAUUUCCAAACAGAAAGCAGCAUACCGACAACUUCACGUGAAUAUUAAAUUAUCGCGCCGGCAGUUUUUGGCCUCGAUCCAUAUUCCUUCCAGGAAGCACUAGACAGAUGACUGACUUACAUCUAAUAUAUUAAAUACAUUAGUAUUUGAUGACGACCUUGGAAAGCAUUGUUCAAUGUCCAAUAUUUGCAAUAAGAACUCUAUUACGUU